AUGGCGCGGGAGCGACUGACGCGGCGGGCGGUGGGCGCGAUGGUGCUGGCGACGGUGCUCAUCGGGGCGGCAGUGGCGCUGUGGGGUCGCGAUCGCCGCGACGGGGAGGGGCUGCAGCGCCUGCUGGCGGAGCAGCAGCGCUUCCAGCAGACCUUCCUCGCGCAGCUUGACGACCACGUGGCAUCGGUGCAUCCCGCGGUGGCGGCGCUCUCCAACAGCGUCGCUCCGCGCGCGGCGCACGCGGGCGCAGUAGCAGUGCGCGCGGGGCACCGCGGAGCAACACAUCUGUGCGCGUACAGCGAGGAUCAGCUAGCGGAGGCGCUGCAGCGCGCGCACCACUGCGCCAUGGGCGAGGCACGGUACUAUCUGGGCGGCGUGUGGAUGGACUGGGGGCUGCUGGAGCGCGAGGUGUCUCGCGACAACGACCCCGCGCGCCUCUCCUGCGUGCUCGCCUGCUCUCUCCGCCGCGACCUCGGCUGCCUCCCCCAUCUGCCCUGCCUGCACGCCCUCUGGCUCCGCCACCUCAAGGAAGACGUGGCAGCGCUGCACCAGUUCUAUGAGAAGGACGCAGCGCUGCCAGUGCUGCGCGCCGACCCCACUCUGCUCGCCAUCCUCGACGCCGGCGCUGGCGUGGGCGUGCUCUCUCUGCUGCUCGCUGCCUUGAAUCCGCAAGCCAUGGUGGUGGCGGUGGAGGCGGGAGAGAGCAGCUUCAGAGCGCUGCAGCGCAACACAGCAGCGCUGCCCAACGUGGUGGCGGUGAGGGGCGGGCUGUGGCCGUACGAGACCAGCCUGCAUGUGGGCCAGGAUGGCCGCCUCACUCCCGCGCAGUCCAUCAACGCCCAGGGCGCGGAGUCCAGCUGGGCACAGGCGGACGUGGUGCCGGGGCUGUCAGGCCCCUUCCUGCUGCGCUUCCUGGCCCUACCGCGCUUUGACCUCGUGCGAAUCAACACGCACGGCAACGAGGAGCCGCUCUUCCACGCCCCCUCCCCCCACCACGACUCAGCCUCACCCCAUCACGAUGCACACUGGCUGCUCACCGGGCCACGCACGGCCAUCUUUGACUCGCACCCGGGCCUCUUCCCUGCCACUGCCGCCUCCUCGCCCACCCCCUCCACCAACGAUCGCGCCAGCAUCCCUGCUACAUUCCUCUCGCAGCACGGGGGCUUCGAGCAGGUGCCUGAGACCAAGGGGUCCGGGUUCAUUGUGCUGCGCCGUGGGGAGGGCAGGGGGACUGCGGUGGUGGAGGGAGUGGGCUUGCCGAUCUUAGGGAAUGAGACCGCAUCAGGAGAAGGGUUGACAGGUGUGGGAGGUGCAGGAGCAGGAGAGUUCACCAAGGACGUUCCGCCCGCGCCAAUAGGGGAGUUCACGAAACCACGCAAAACGUCGACGCCGACGGAUGCAGGGGAGGCCGGGCCGUCGUCUGUGCCGGACGGAUCGGGCGACCAGGAUGAGGACGAUUAUUCAUCGGCGAGCGACGAGGACGACGAAGACGACCCGCGGCCCCGACGUGGUGCAGGUCCGCGCACAUUGGAAGAAAAACUCAGGGGGGAACGUGCGUUCAUAGAGGAACUGUUGGACGAGAACGAGCUUGAGGAUCUGCUGCACACGUCGGUCCCUCGAGAAAUGUGGAAGGCGGCCGACUUCGUAGAGGAAGAUAUGGUGUACGCGUGCGUCGACGUGCUCGUGAUGGAGGCAAUGCGCCACCUGAAAACCAUAGAGGCCAAGAGCACGCUCAAGUCCUACACCUCAUGGAUAUACGACUACAAAAGGUGGACGGCGAAGAUGCUUAAAAAAAUUGGCGACAAACUGCCGACAGCAGAACAAAUGAGGCACGUCGACGAGAUAGGGCACUGGACACACAACAACAAGAGCAAGGAUUGGGACAACGAGAAGGUGGUCAAGCGGAAGCACAUAUGGCUGCACGGCCCCCGGGUCACUAGUACGCGACUGCGCGCCUACAUCAAGUUCAUGAGGCGGGAGUACAAGAUCGACGCCGACACGAACGAGCCAGUGCGAGCCUACACGGUGCACAUGAUCCUCGGCCGCAUCAAGGCCUGCCAGAUGGCGGCGAGGGUGGAGGCGACGCUCUACAAGGAGAAGGAGUUGGGCAUCAUGCGGGAAAUCUCGGUGGUCCGGUCGGAGGUGCUCACGCUGCUCUCCCACCACAGCCUCAUGCGCGGUGCAAGCAUACGCAAGAUAACGCUCCCCGACAUCUUCCUGUACCGACUGGCGAGCACCUCGUCGGUGAACCCGGAUAACCAGCCGGUCGUCAUGGUGGUCGCCGCGCGGAACUCGAAGACGUCGAAGGAUGCGCGUCUUCAACAGAGCUACGCGGCGCGGCACCUAGAAGCGGAGUUGUGCGCCGUCGGCGAGACCGGGCUGUGGUUACACUUCGUCCUCGACCAGAUCGGCCAGUUUCACGGCGUCGACCUCAUUCCGCCGGUCGACACCAGCACACGCGAGCUCUGGUACAAGAAGCAUCUGUUCUUCGCUCGCAACGACCCCGAGCAGGGCGAACUCUCAGCUCCCAGCCACCAGCGAUGGACGAGGCAGAUGUGGAAGACGAACGGGGUGUUCUGCAAGCGGAACGUCCAUGCCGCUCGGGCGGGCGGGGCGCAGGAGUUGGCCAUCCAAGGUACGCCUCGCGCCGAGAUAGCCGAGCUGGGUCACUGGGCUCUCGACAAGAUGACUCGAGCCUACAUCACAUCCAUUCCCGUCGGCGUGGUGAUGAAGAAGGCCGGCUAUUCGGGAUUCACGCAGGACUACUUCUUGGGUCGCAGUAGGGUGGAACCGGGAGACGAACUCCUCGCUCUCAUCGCCGAGCACAUCUUCCCCGGCGUCGACGACCUCCUCAACAAGGUUUGUUUAUCGGUGCCGACCAAGCUUGCAUGGUUCAGGGAGCCGGGAUUCGUCGACCGCCACACCCUCCUCGACGGAGCCUCGCAGGGAGCACACGGGAAGAGGGUGCGCCGCAUGAUGAAGGUCAUCGAUGCGGUGCGCCAGCUUCGCAGGAGCGACGGCGAAGCCGACACGGAAGCCACCGUCGACGCGCUUAACAAGAUAGCGGCGCCUGGCAUUGGGACCUUCGCGGAUGCCCUCACGGUGCUCAACGCGGACGCCGUAGCGACCUAUGCCGGGCAGGAUAAGGGCGUCAAAGGGCUCGGCAAGACGGAAUUUUCCAAGCUUCGUGUCGCCUGUGCAUUCGUGGCGCGCGGGUUAAAGCCCGAAACGUGGGUCGCCGACCUGUUCCCGGACACCUGGGUUGAGCAGAUGAAGAAGACGUUGGCCGAUCUGGCCCGGGCAGCUGCCUCCGACCAAUAA